AUGCUAUCACGAUCCAACCUUGUCACUCGUUUCAAACGACCACUGAUUCAGGGUAGACAACUGUCAAGUUGGCAUGACGCUCUCGACAAGAUCAAUAGCCAUAAUGAGGAUAUCAACGCGUUCGUUGCUGUGGAAGAUAAACAACUAUUGGAACAGCUCGGCAAAGACACAACUACACGUCAAACACAAGGCACCUCACUGGGACCAUUGGAUGGUGCCCCUAUUGGUAUCAAGGAUAAUUUCUGUACGAGUCGUUUGGAAACUACAUGUGGAUCUCGUGUUUUGGAAGGCUUUACAUCACCUUACGAGGCAACCGUUGUCAAGCAUCUGAACAAGGCGGGUGCUAUCAUCAUGGGAAAAACAAACAUGGAUGAAUUUGGCAUGGGAGCAGCCAAUGUCUUUAGCCAUUAUGGUGCAGUGAUCAACCCACAUGACAAGGAUGCAUCAAGCCCAUUAGGGAAAAGGCGUGUGGCGGGUGGAAGCUCCGGUGGUAGUGCAGCUGCUGUGGCUGCUGGCAUGUGUGUAGCUGCAUUGGGCUCGGAUACAGGUGGAUCCGUUAGGUUACCAGCCUCUUAUUGUGGUGUUGUUGGAUAUAAACCAUCGUAUGGUCGAUGCUCACGCUAUGGUCUGGUCAGCUAUGCCAACUCACUCGACACUGUUGGUAUCCUUGCCAAAGAUGUGGGAUAUGCCUCCAGAGUUUAUGAUGCCAUAUCCAUGUACGAUGAAAAGGAUCCAACUUGUAUGCCUGACAAGUUUAGAAGACGUGUGGAUGAACAAGAUCAAGCAUUGGCGGGUCGAUGGGCCACCGAUGAUCUUUCAGGACUUGUGGUUGGCAUCCCUCAAGAAUACUAUGUCGAUCCCAUUUCACAAACCGUGGUUGAUAUUUGGCGUAACGGUAUCCAACAUCUUCGUGAACGUGGUGCCACCAUCGUCCCAAUUUCACUUCCACACACACGAUUUGCAUUGCCUGCCUAUUUCACUAUUGCUCUUGGAGAAGCAAGCUCCAAUCUGGCACGAUUUGAUGGCGUAGAAUAUGGUCGUCGAAGCAAAGCACAAGCAGAUCCAGAGGAUAACUUUUUAUACGCUGAUACACGCGCUGAAGGCUUUGGUUCGGAAGUGAAACGACGUAUCAUGUUGGGUACCCAUAUUUUAACCGCUGGAACAUAUGAAAAGAACUUUUUACCUGCUCAAAAAGCACGGCGUCUUAUCCAACAAGAUUUUGAUAAUGUAUUCUCAUUGAACAAUCCUCUACACCAACAUUCUCAAGGAGCAACAUCGGGCGUGCACGUGAUUUUGGUGCCAAGUGCUACUUCUGAACCACCAAGGAUUGAAGAUUGUGUACCAGAGUCUGAUCAACAAGAGCAAGAUGGUAUCGACAAACACAACAGCGCUGUGGAAACCUAUGUGAAUGACGUGUUGACCAUUCCAGCCAGUUUAGCGGGUCUCCCUGCUAUCAGUGUGCCUGUGGGUAAAGGACAAGAUGGUUUUCCAGUGGGGUUGCAGUUACUUGGACAAUAUGGUUAUGAUAGAUUUAUUCUAAGAAUGGCAGACAUCCUAAGUAGAGCUGAACAAGACCAAUAA